AUGGCCGACGACGACACGGAACUAAGCAAAGAAGAGAGACUGGAGGCUGCUAGAAAGAAGUUCGAAGACUUGAAGAAAAAGAAGAAGAGCAAGAAGAAAAGUAAAGAUGAUAACAAAAUUGAACCCCCACAAACCGGCGUGGACAAACAUGAAUUUGACAAUCAAGGAGAACACAGCGACAGAGACUCACAGGUUACUUCUCAGGUCAAAUCAUCGGACACACAUGAACAGGAGAUACAAAUAGAAAGCAUCGACGAUAAUGCAGAUGACAAAAAACCGGCAGUCUCUGAAAAGGUGGAGCAACUCCAAGUAGGCGUGAAUCCAUCAGAGGAUUUUAGAACUGAUGCUACAGGCACAUCAAAAGCCAAUGCAUCUGAGGCUUCUGAUCUUCUGUCUUCUGAUAUCUCUGGUGGUGUCACUACGGGCGGUAUAAAUAGUUUGAGCUCUUCGAGUAAAGAGAUUAGCCAACUCUCGAUAGAGAUGAGAGAAAUCAAGCUUUCUUUGAGCGAAGCGGAAUCUCUUAACCAGAAUCUCAAAAACGAAUUGUUAGAUUUGAAGCUUUCCAAGUCGGAGCUUGAGAGAGAAUUAGCAGAUCUGAAAAAGGAGCUACAGUCAUACAAGUUGCAAUGCCAAAACCUUAAACAGACACUUGAUGAAAAUGUCCGCGGCCGUCAUAGCGAUAAUCUCAGAGAUAUUGAAAUCAAUACCUCGGUGAAAAGUGCUCGAGGAUCUCACCUUGUCGAACCCACCAAAACAUUCCAACGAUUCAACAGCUUCAACAAUAUUUCUAAUGAUUAUCUGAAUAUUGUUGACGUUAGAGAACGGCUAGUUCAAUGGCAAGGCUGGAAUAUUGAUAUGAGAUCUUGGAGAAGUGUUGGAACAGGGCCACUGGUGGAGUUAUGA